UCGCCCCUCUUCUCUUCCUCCUUUCCCUCUCCCCCAUUCUUUGUCUGUCCCCUCUCCCCCAAACCAUGUCCACUGGCUCCCUCAGUGAUGUGGAAGAUCUUCAGGAGGUGGAAAUGUUGGAAUGCGACAGCCUGAAAAUGGAUUCUAACAAGGAAUUUGGGACUUCAAAUGAAAGCAACGAAGAGAGUUCUAACUGCGAACAUGGGUCCCCUCAAAAGGGCAGGGGUGGCUCUGGCAAGAGGAGGAAAGCACCCACCAAGAAGAACCCUCUGAAUGGGGUCAGCCAGGAAGGGAAACAAGUUCAACGAAAUGCGGCCAAUGCCAGGGAGCGGGCCAGGAUGCGGGUCCUAAGCAAGGCUUUCUCCAGGCUCAAGACCACCUUGCCCUGGGUCCCUCCGGACACCAAGCUCUCCAAACUGGACACUCUGAGACUGGCUUCCAGCUAUAUCGCUCACCUGAGGCAGAUCCUGGCCAAUGACAAGUACGAAAACGGUUACAUCCAUCCUGUCAAUCUGACUUGGCCCUUUAUGGUGGCUGGAAAACCAGAGAGUGACCUGAAAGAAGUGGUCAACGCAACCCGCUUGUGUGGAACAACAGCAUCCUGACCAAGGAGCUGCGACCCUGGGAAAAGACUUUCUACUGGAGGGAUCUGGGGGCAGGAAAGCCCUCCAUGCUCUCCUUCUCCCUCCCUUCUUCUCUUCCCCUCCUCCCUGCCACUACCCGUCCCCUCUCCUAAGGAACACUUUAUAGCGACGAGGAGAUUCAUUUCCAGACCAAAGAGGAGACCAAAUGUACAUUUAAAUUUUCCCAUCUAUUUAACUUUAUAAACAUGUAAAAUGAAUGACUGACUCCCCAAGCCUUGCUGGUUCAAGUGCAAUAUAUAAAUAUGAAUAUAUAAAUAUAUAAUAAAACCUAUCAUGUGUAUCUUUUGUACAAUAUGUUGUGGAAAUGUAGAUGAUAGAAUAGCUGACUUUGAUAGUCACCUCUAUAAAAUAAUUCACUU